AUGACUGAAUCAGCCAUUCUCAAUAACGCUGUGGACCGUCUCCAAGUUUGUCUUCUCUGUCGACACAGACUUCUUCAGGGUUCAUCCUUCCAUUGCUUUGGGUUUCCACAGUCCCUUAGGGAGCGACUUUCUAAAGCUAGUGCUAAUGUCAACACUACUACCUGUUCACUCUGUUUUGGGCUUUGCAGCCUUUUUGUCUCUAAUGAUGCAACGGCUGAAGUUCUCUCAGAGAUUGCUAAGACCGUUCGAGAAUCAGACAUCGAUUUUUCCACAUUUCAAUUAAAUGUGUCAGAACCAGUUAACUUGGGACUUCGUGACCACGCCUUCUGGGUCUAUUUGCGUGACCGGUACAAGGACCCAAAAUUCACCAAAUUAAUCGACAUUCUUGAAGAAGAGGCUGUCCCGGCAAAGGUUGUCUUCCGCAACCUAAUCAAUGAACAUUUGUCAGAACUAUUCCAAAUUAUGCCCAUAAAGUGUUCCAUUAUUGGCAUUAUUCACUACCAGAAGGAAUCAAUUUCCCAGACACCACUGUUCUCCAACCCUAAAUCUGCACCUUCAUGGUUUGACCCAACCACGGAACAUAUAGAUCUUCUUGUUAGUUUUGAGUGUCCAACUGUGAUAUGCGAAUCCGAUGAUUGUUCACGUCUCGUACUUGCCCUGAAGAAGCACUCCCAACCAAAUAAAUACAACGCCUAUCUUUCUGGUUGCUCUGGUGCUCGUAGACGGACUCCUAAACAGCGCAGACUGCUGACAGGGAGUGAGACGAAGGAAGAAAGUUCUGGAACAUCACCUCCGCCUCGAGCUCUUGUUUCACGUACAGCUCUCAAGAAAUUGAUCAGCCUUCUAACGGAUAAACAAUUUCUGGAUGACGUAAUCAAGUAA